AUGACAGGCCAUCUACGAAGAUGGGGCAGCUCAGUCACAGCGCAGCUAUCACCAAUAUCAUCUAGUCAGAUUAUAUUUUCUGGGAUUCAGCCAACUGGUGUGCCACACUUGGGGAAUUAUCUGGGUGCUUUGCGUGAAUGGGUCAGGCUACAAGAUAAUGCUACCGAGGGGACGAGGUUAUUCUACUCCGUCGUCGACUUGCAUGCCUUAACUAUACCACAAGACAGUUGUCAGUUGAAGAAGUGGCGGAGGGAGGCGUUUGCGACAUUGCUCGCUGUAGGCUUGAACCCCGAUCGCUCAACCAUUUUUUACCAGUCGGCUGUACGUUCUAGUCAAUUGAAACUCGAUGCUCUUCACUUCUAUCCAAGCGCACCCAUUAACUAUGGCCAGGUUCCUGCGCAUACUGAACUAUAUUGGAUCCUCAGUACGGUAGCUUCUAUGGGAUACCUAUCACGGAUGACUCAAUGGAAGAGCAAGUUGCAACUACCAGAAAACACAAACCUGGAGCAUUCAGCUGCCAGGUCUAAGCUGCGGCUUGGCUUAUUCUCUUACCCUGUAUUGCAGGCAGCGGACAUCUUAUUACACAGGGCUACUCAUGUUCCUGUUGGGGAGGAUCAAAGACAGCACAUUGAAUUUUCCAGGUAUACUGCUAAUAGUUUCAACCACCUCUACGGCCAUAUCUUCCCAUCUCCAGAGGCACUCAUCUCACCUGCGAAGCGAGUUAUGUCCCUCAAAGAGCCCACCUUGAAAAUGUCCAAGUCGCAUGCCGACAGCCGAUCGAGGAUCCUCCUUACUGAUUCAUCUGAUGAUAUUCACAGGAAAGUUAGAGCUGCUCUAACUGACUCGGACGCAAGCAUAACCUAUGAUCCUGUCCGCCGGCCUGGCGUGUCUAAUCUCAUAGAAAUUCUAAGCCACUUGGAUGGAAGAUCGUGCGACGACUUAUCUUUAGAGUACAAAUCGGCGAGCCUUCGAGCUCUGAAAGAAGACCUGGCAGGUCGAAUCUCAGGUCACCUGCAAGGAAUAAGAGAGCGGUACUAUUCGCUCAUGGAAGACAGCUCUGGUUAUCUGGAUACUGUCACAGAGCAAGGUGCCCAGGUUGCACGUGCCAAUGCCGAUGUGACUAUGAGACAGGUUAGGAAAGCCAUGGGGCUAGAGUUACCGGCUGUUGUGGCUUUGGAUGUCAAGCGGAAUAAUGCCGUCGACCCUGUGGCUAGAGAUCGGAUGAGACGGAAGCGCGACAAGACCGUUGAGCAGAAUCUUGACAAUGAGGAAACGUUAUAUUUCUGUAACAUAACUCUAGGCACUCCAAAGCAAAGCCUACGGUUAGUUCUCGAUACAGGAAGCAGUGAUCUUUGGUGCAAUGCAGCGAAUUCUACGCUUUGCUCAUCUAGAGAUAAACCGUGCAAUGCCUCAGGGUCUUACGAUCCAAGUUCAUCUUCGUCAUAUACUUAUGUAUCUUCGGACUUCAACAUAUCGUACGCUGACGGCACUGGAGCUGCCGGUGAUUAUGUUACUGACACUAUCCACAUUGGAGGUGCUACGGUCAAGGACUUUCAGUUUGGGGUGGGUUACUCGUCUAGCUCCGCCGAGGGUGUUUUGGGAAUAGGAUAUACAACGAACGAAGUCCAGGUUGGCCGACUCGGUAAAAGUGCCUACGCAAAUCUUCCUCAGGCCAUGGUAAAAAACGGUCUAAUCCAGUCAAAUGCUUAUAGCCUUUGGCUCAAUGACCUGGGAGCAGAUACUGGCUCGAUUUUGUUUGGGGGCGUUAAUACGGAGAAAUAUCAUGGGGAACUACAAACUUUGCCGAUUCAGACCGUCAAUGGGGUCUAUUCGGAGUUUAUAAUCGCACUAACUGGUGUCUCAUUGAGCUCGGCAUCAAGUCACCAUAAUUAUUCAUCUUCUGAUGCUCUCCCAGCCGCAGUCCUGCUUGACUCGGGAAGCUCUCUGACCUAUCUUCCAAAUUCCAUUGUGCAGAACAUCUAUGAUGAUCUGGGUGUCACAUACGAGUCAUCCAGCGGUGUUGGUUACGUGCCAUGUAGCCUGGCACAACAAGAUAUUAAUGUGACCUACACUUUUUCGUCACCUGCUAUUACAGUUAGGAUUGAUGAGCUCGUUCUAAAUGCGGGUGAUUUGCGAUUCCGAAAUGGCGCACGUGCAUGCAUUUUUGGCAUUGUACCAGCUGGAGAUAGCACUGCUGUUCUGGGGGAUACAUUUCUACGCAGUGCUUAUGUUGUAUAUGAUCUAUCCAACAAUGAAAUUUCCCUCGCCAAUACCAAUUUCAACUCUACCCAGGAUAAUAUCUUGGAAAUUGGAACCGGCGACGAUUCUGUUCCUGGAGCCACCCAAGUUUCAAAUCCCGUCACAUCUGUGGUGGCCGAUGGAUCUGGGGCCAGGAUCGGGGGUCCAACUGGUGAGAUCUUUACUGAUCUACCUUCAGCAACAAGUACCGGCGGCGCUGCGACGCCAACAAAUGCUCCGAAGCACUUGGUCUUUGGCGCAGCGGCAAUUGGAUAUAUGCUCGCUUUUUGA